UGAAUUCCCAGUCAGUGAUCAGCGCUGAACACGGACCCGUCACCAUGGAUUUGGGGCUGAUUUGGGUUUUUCUUGUUGCUCUUCUAAAAGGUGUCCAGUGCGAGGUGCAGCUUGUGGAGUCUGGGGGAGGCGUGGUGCAGCCUGGGGGCUCCCUGAAGCUUUCCUGUGUAACCUCUGGAUUCACUUUUAGUGGUUACUGGAUGGACUGGGUCCGCCAGGCUCCAGGGAAGGGGCUAGAAUGGGUUGGAGAAAUUAAUCAAAAUAGUGAUACCAUACGCUAUGCACCAUCCGUGAACAAUCGAUUCACCAUCUCCAGAGACAACGCCAAGAACACUCUGUACCUGCAGAUGAGCAAAGUAAAACCUGAGGACACAGCCACUUAUUACUGUGCAAGAGACACAGUGAGGGGAUUUCAGUGUGGACCCAGACAUAAACCUCACUGUGUUCUGAGUGACAUGCAGCUGGCAGAGUCUGGAGGAGGCUUGGUGCAGCCUGGAAAGUCCCUGAAACUCUCCUCUGUGGCCUCUGGAUUCACCUUCAGUAAUUUUGACAUGAGCUGGGUCCGCCAGGCUCCAGGGAAGGGGCUGGAGUGGGUCGCAGCCAUUAGUUAUGUUGCUGAUAGCACCUAUUAUGCUGAAACCGUGAAAGGCAGAUUCACCAUACCCAGAGGCAUCGCCAAGAACGCGUUGUACCUGCAAAUGAACAGUCUGAGGUCUGAGGACACGGCCACAUAUUACUGUGCCAGAGACACACAGUGA